ACACAGUUUUUAUGACGAUUUAUAGAAAAAAGAGAAGGAAAAUCCAAAACAAGCUUCAUAGCCUCGGAAACUUAGUUCUUUCGAAUUUCUUACAUAAAUCCAAUGUUUUAGAACCUUGUUUGGUUUGCAUCAAACACAAAAUUAUUCAAUUCGUUUUCCCCAGAAGCUGGAGUCGCCAUGUUCUUGCGCCUCUCUUCCUUUCAUCCCCAGUCCUUUUUCUCUGUUUUACUUUUCCAGAUAUGUUUCGACCAUAUGGCAAAGGUUGGAUAUUAGAGAGCAGAGGAAGAAGAGUUCUAUGGUUUAAGAGCUGCAUAAGAUCUGUCCAAACAUCAUGUCGCAUUUCUAUGCCUGGUACUUCAUUAGGGAAUGAGGUGAAAGUGCCUUCAAAAUUUUUGAGGGGCAAGAAUGUGAUUCCCGAUUCAGAUCCUCCAAGCAUUGACAAUGUCAACAGCUUGUAUCAAUUCUUUGACCGAAGCACCAAUCUUGUUGUAUUGACUGGAGCUGGAAUUAGUACAGAAUGUGGAAUUCCAGAUUAUCGAAGCCCUAAUGGAGCUUAUAGUUCCGGUUUCAAACCAAUUACCCAUCAGGAGUUUCUCCGUUCAAGCCGCGCACGUAGGCGUUAUUGGGCAAGGAGCUAUGCUGGAUGGAGACGGUUUACUUCUGCACAGCCUGGUGCAGCUCAUAUUGCUUUGGCAUCUUUAGAAAAGGCUGGCCGAAUAAAUUUCAUGAUUACUCAGAAUGUUGACAGGCUUCAUCAUCGUGCUGGAAGCAACCCACUUGAGCUACAUGGGACUGUAUAUACUGUAGCUUGUUUAGAUUGUGGUUUUUCCUUUUCCCGGAACUCAUUUCAGGAUGAACUAAAAGCCCUUAAUCCUAAGUGGGCUGAAGCAAUAGAAAGUUUAGAUCAUGGUGCCCCUGGAUCUGACAAGAGCUUUGGCAUGAAGCAAAGGCCUGAUGGUGAUAUAGAGAUUGAUGAGAAAUUCUGGGAGGAAGAUUACCACAUUCCCACUUGCCAAAAAUGCAGUGGAAUCUUAAAACCUGAUGUUGUCUUCUUCGGUGAUAAUGUCCCAAAGGAUAGAGCUGGCAGGGCAAUGGAAGUUGCAAAAGAAUGUGAUGCUUUCCUCGUACUUGGAUCAUCUUUGAUGACCAUGUCUGCAUAUCGCCUUGUAAGAGCUGCUCAUGAGACAGGUGCUGCUACUGCACUUGUAAAUAUAGGUCUAACAAGGGCAGAUGACUUUGUGCCCUUGAAAAUUAAUGCCAGACUGGGGGAGAUAUUACCUAGAGUGCUUAACUGCGGAUCCCUCAGCAUUCCUGCCCUUCUAUGAUGCUAUAAUCAGUAUCCGAUGAGUAUGAAGUUUCAUUUUUGGGUUAUGGAGACCAAGUGAAGACAGAUGGCGAUUUCACCUGCAAUUGUAUCUUUGAGGCUUGAAUUAGAAGAAUAUUUACUUAUGUCUUCAUGUGCAAUUUUACUACAAGGCCAUAAAAGAAAUUUUUAUUUUUUAGAACUCUCUUUUAUUUGUACACUUAAUAAACGUAAAAAUUACUUGCAGCUUAUCUGUAUUA